UGCGUGUCUUGCCGGACCUCGCCCGACCAUUGGUCCCAGUCACGCAGCCGUCUGCUGUGACCGACGAAUCUUUUCUGCAGCAAGGAGAGAUUGUUCCCGGAAAGGGGCGCAAUCUGAUGAAGCGGUUUCGAGGAUUUUGAAAAUCUUUCACAGUACUGCAGCAAACCGGCCCGGCAUCUACUUCGUUUGCGUCGCUGCUCCCCAGACGGAGACAGACAGCGUGCGAACCUCGGGAACGCCUGGCCUCGCCUCGAGCCUCGCUCACCGCGGUUCUGUACAUAAUCGUUUUUCAAUUCGCAUCUGCCGGCUCUCAACCGCCAGAAGACCGCAGUACCACAUGUGUGUUUGACAAGAGCCGGCUGGCGUACCAUCAAUCCAUUCGACUACCGCAAUGGCCACCGCCGAGGUCGUGAACUUGUUCGAAACUCGGCCAGGCCGCUACGUCCAUGGCCUUUCAGCAACCAGGGGUUCGACGAGGAGAAUAGCGUGGGAUGAGUGUGCCGGACGGCUCUCGGAUAAGGCCAACUCGGAAGCAAGAUUGAGCCUCAUUGCGCAGACCUGGGUUAAGCUAUGCGCUCAUCUCAAGGCUGUGCAACCCCUGACCCGUGGUACCUUAUUCCGCCCAGAAGUCUCUCCGAAAUGGACUCGCCUCGAGCCCUUCGAAGAGGACCUCGACUCGCCGUCCGAGAGUCUCACCGACCCAACCGACAGCGGUGCAUACGCGUGUAGACGCCAGCUCCCAUCAAAUAACCUUCCCGUCAUCGGGUCAAUUCCUAUCGCACCCGGCCCUGAUAGAAGACACCGGAAGGACGGCCUUCUCAACGGCCCAUCGGCCGACCUCCGGAUCAACUUCACAAGCGAGGAGGGCUUUCGUCAGGCUGCCAAGAAGAAGGCGAAAAAGGGGAAGGCCGGCAACAAUAAUAGCAACAACAACGCGGACGAACCGGCCAAGAAGGACGAAGACGUUGGCGACACAAAUGACGGCGAUGCUGGCGGAAAUGCGCCGGGCGGAAACUCUGGUGGUGAUGGAGGGGAUGAUAAGAAGGACGAUGGCAAGAAGGAUGACGACAAGAAGGAGGAGGUAAAAGAGGAGGAGAAGAAAGAGGAGGAGAAGAAAGAGGAAGAGAAGGAGAAGGAGGAAGAGAAGGAGAAGAAGGAGGAGGAAGCUGAAGUGGUCGAUGGCUGGGGAGAAUUCGCCAGCAGCAGCAAGAAAAAGAAGAAAAAGAAGGGUGCCGCUGUUGCCGACCCUCCUCCUGUGGUGGAAGAGAAGACGACCGAUCCUGGGCCGCCUGCUGUGGAAUCUAAAUCAGGUGGUUUCGAUUCUUUCGCGGACAUCAAGUUGGACGACAAGCCUCCUGCCGGCCCCCAGCCAAGCACCACCGAGACCAAAUCUUCGCCGUUUGGUGGAUGGGCCCCCGCUAGCUGGGCUUCCGGCUGGCUCUCAAAAUCGUCCGACAAAGCCAAUGAUCCGGUUGAAAACAAUCCUGUGGACACCAAGACCGAUAAAGCUCAAAAAAGCGGUCUUAGCUUCUCCUUCGGUGCCACCGACGAACCGGGCGGAAAGGAUCAGGAGACGAAACCCGCCGACAACGAAGCCACGGACCUUGGUUUUGCCACGACGAAGAAGACUAAGAAGAAGAAGAAAACGUCUGUUUGGGAUGAUCCAGCACCCGAGCCAGAACCCGAGCCAGAACCGGUUGCUGAGCCACCCGCCCCCGCUCCGGAUCCUCCUGCCCCGGUAGAGGAUGACGGAUUCGCCAUCUCGAGCAAGAAAAGCAAGAGCAAGAAAGAGGCUACGAUCGCCGAGGAAAUAACAAAUCUUGAAGGUUCCAAAAGCUCUGAUAGUGCAUGGGACUUUUGGGGUGCCAAGAAGAAAACUAAAGCUACUACAGAAGAGCCGAAGCCUGUAGAACCAGAGCCCGAACCCGAGUUGGACCCUCCAGCAGACACCAAGCCGGCCGAAGAUGAUGGUGCAGACAACGACAGUGCAUGGGGUUGGGGUGGGGCCACGACCGUCAAGAAGUCUAAGAAGAGCAAAGGUAAGGUCGACGUUACUGACGACCCUCCCAAGGACCCGGAGCCAGUAACGGUGCCGGAACCCGACCCUGCGCCAGAUAAAGGGGGGGAUGACUUGUGGGGCAACAUUGGCACGAAGAAGAGCAAGAAGAAGGGUAAAUCCACGGAACCCGAAUUGAAAACAGAACCACCUCCUGCCCCUGAGCCGGAUCCCUGGGAUUUUGGCACCACCAAAAAGGACAAGAAGAAGAAGAACAAGAACGCCGCCGCGGAGCCUGACCCGCCCAAGGCCCCAGAGCCUGAACCGGAGCCAGAACCCGAGCCAGAGCCCGAGCCUGAACCCGAACCCGAGCCUGAACCAGAACCUGAGCCCGUGACGAAAAAGGAUAAGAAAAAGAAAGGCAAGAAGAACGAGCCCGAGCCCGCACCGGAGCCGGAACCGGCACCAGCAGAGCCCGACACGACGGCGGAUGAUGGUUUCUGGGGGGCACUCACUAAGAAAGACAAGAAAAAGAAGAGUAAAAAGGGCCAGGUUGAGCCCGACCCGGAGCCCGUCAAGAAGCCGGAACCCGAACCCGAACCCGAACCAGAGCCGGAGCCAGAGCCGGAGCCAGAGCCGGUACCAGCAGAGCCCGACACGACGGCGGAUGAUGGUUUCUGGGGGGCACUCACGAAGAAAGACAAGAAAAAGAAGAGUAAAAAGGGUCAGGUUGAGCCCGACCCGGAGCCCGUUAAGAAGCCGGAACCGGAACCGGAGCCGGAGCCAGAGCCGGAGCCAGAGCCGGUACCAGCAGAGCCCGACACGACGGCAGGCGACGGUUUCUGGGGGGCACUCACUAAGAAAGAGAAGAAAAAAAAAGGUAAAAAGGGCCAGGUCGAGCCCGACCCGGAACCCAUCAAGGAGCCGGAACCGGAACCGGAACCGGAGCCAGAGCCAGAGCCAGAGCCGGAGCCAGAGCCGGAGCCGGAGCCAGAGCAGCAAACCCAGCCUGACAGUCAAGAGGACUCCUGGGGCUUCUCCACCUCAAAGAAAGAUAAGAAGAAGAAGAAGGGCGCGACCUCCGACCCUGACCCGGCGCCGAAACCAGUGGAUGACUUCUUCGGUUUAAUAGGUACCUCGAAGAAGGACAAGAAGAAGAAGAAGAGCGAGGCCCUACAAGUGUCCGAUACGCAAGAGCCCGAGGCGCAAGAGCCCGAGACAAAUGGCAAAGAUCUCAUCGAUCUCGACAAACCGGCACUCGGCUUUUUUAGUUCCUGGAGCACCGGGAUCGAGAAGCCGAAGGGCGUGGAUGGGGGGGAUAAUGCUUGGGGAGACGAAUGGGGCACCGGUUCGAAGGGUGGGAAAACGGCUGAAGAGGAAGAGGAGGAAGCCAAGCGAGAAGAAGAGGAGCGGCAACAGAAAGAGGCCGACGACCAAGCGGCCAGGGAGGCCGAGGAUGCCGAGGCGGCUAAGGAGGAGGAGGAACUGGCAGUGCUCAAGAGCAAGAAGAAGAAGAAGCUAUCGAAGGCCGAUCAAGAGAAAAUCGACCGGCUGACAGCAAGCAUCAGGAGGCGGGCUGACGACAAAGCCGCACGUGAGGCCGAGGAGGCUGAGCAGGCUGAGCAAGACAGGCAAAGGAAGGAGGACGAGGAUCUAGCUGCUGAGGAGGCUAUCCGCGAGGCUGAAGAGGCGGCCGAAAGGGAGCGUCAGGAAGCAGAAGAAGCGGCGGCGGCGGCAGCAGCGGCGGAAGCGGAGGCGGCGGCAGAACUAGCGGCAGCCGAGGCAGCGGCCGCAGAAGUGGCAGCCGCAGAAGCAGCGGCGGAAGAAGCGAUAGCGGAAGAAGCAGCAGCCGCAGAAGCAGCCGCCGCCGCCGCAGCUGCUGCAGCAGAGGCCGAGGCAGCGUCGGCCAAGAAAUCCAAGAAGUCCAAGAGCAAGGAAAAGGAGAAGGAGAGGGAGAGGGAAAAGGAGAAAGAGAGGGAAAGGGAGGAAGAAAGGAAAAGGGAGAAGGAGGAAGCAAGGAAAAGGGAGAAGGAGGAAGAAAAGAAAAAGGAGAAAGAGAAGAAGGAAAAGAAGGAGAAGGGAAAGAAGGAGAAAGGAAAGGGGAAGGAAAAAGACAAAGGGCAAGAGAAGGUUAAAGUUGACGAGGACGACGAGUUCGCGGACCUCAAUCUUACAGCCGAGCAGGUUGAGGAAUUGCUGGCCGAAAACCCCAAGGAAGAAGGGGGGGAGGAGGAAGAGCAGAGCAUCCCAAAGGAGGUGCCUGAACCUGCUGACGACGUCUUCAGCUUUUGGGGGGCCGCCAAGAAGUCGACCUCCAAAAUCACAGCGCGGCUGAACCCGUGGCUUCCUGAGGUCGAGGAGGAUACCCCUCCUCCCCAGGCUGCCGUGCCGGAAAUUGCGCAUGCUGAGUCAUCUCCCUAUCUGGAAGCUGCCACCACCGCCGCGAUUGGGGCCGUCGCGACCGAGGUGUGGGAUGACCCCGAACCGGUCAAGCCCACCAAGUCCAAGAAGGCUGUUGGUGGCAAAAUCGCAGAUCGCCUACGCGCCUUCCAGGUGAUUGACGACGAACCUGAAGAAGACGAGCCCGAAGACGACGAGCCAAUCGAGGAGCUAUCUCCGCCACCACCACCACCACCUCCGCCUGCGCCCGUCGCGGUACCCGUGUCGCUGCCAAAAGAGGAGAAGAAGAGGGGCUCCAAGAAAAGUAAGAGUAAGAACAAGGAACAGGUCAUCGACGUCGACGCUUUCGCAUCUGACCCGCCUGCGCCGCCGCCGCCGCCUCCCUUUAUACCUUCCCCGCCCGACUCCGGCUUGCCCGGCAGCUUCCCGCUAAGUGAGGAGGAGCACCCCAACGGCAGCUACGGCUACGGCCACCGCUACGGCCACCGCUACGGCCGCCGCUACGAUCACGGCGACAGCCAAGGUGACGAUGAAAUAGUCCAGGUCGUCGACAUGACAACCCCAAAACGGAGCAAGAAGCCCAAAAGGGCCAAGGCCUCCCCCGAGUUCAUCGACGUUCCUCCGCCACCCCCCAUCCCUCCACCACCGCCCGCGGUCCCUGACGCGCCGCCCGCCGUUCCCGAUCCGCCGAUGAUGACACCAGCCGCAGUCCGCUCGUCCAAAAAGGAGAGGCCUAGGGUCAACCGCGAGGGCUCAUCAUCGUGGGGUACAUGGACGGCAAAUCCGGACAAGGAUCCGAGGAAGGCCCCGUCCAGGUCCAAGCCGGAGAAGGAGCCCAGUUCCAGGAAAAGGGCGUCAGCAGAGAAGGCCGAGAAGGUCGACAAACCGUCGUCGAGAGGCUCUGGUUCAGAGGGGACGGAUAAGCCCAGGCCGAAAGACACUCAUGCGCGGUUCGCUAGCGUCUUCGCGAGUACCCCGCCGCUAUCCCGGUCGGUCUCUACCCGGGAGAAGCGCCACGGCUCCAGCAAGCCGAGUUCUCGCAGGCACUCGGUCGACAUGGACGGCGGCCUAGCGAGCCCACCCCCAGAGGAGAUGUCAGCGAAGGCCGCCAAAGUUCUCGGUGUUGGCGCUGGAGUUGUCGGCGCUGGUAUCGGCCUCUCGAGGUCGGGUAGCAGGCGCAGCAGGAAGGAUGAGGACGAUGACAUCGUAAUGGUCGGCGCCGCCGAUCCCACGUCGGGCCCCGAGAGAGCUGAGCGCCGAAGGCAAAGGCAAUAUCCACGAGAAGACGACGUUGUCAUGGUGGAUCCGGUCGACGCGGCACCACCGCAACCUCCCUUGAAGCGCUCCAACUCGACUUCCAAAAAGUCAUCGGCCUUCUCCUCCUUAUUUGGGGGCGUCUUCAAAGGAGAUAAGGCAGAUCCGCGACUAGACCCGCGCGCGGAACCCCGCCGCCGUGGUACCUAUCCCACCACAGACGAAGAAGGAGGUGGUAGGCGGGGCGAGGAGACCGACGCGGAGCGCGAGGCUCGUCGUGCUGCUCGCCGUUCCCGUCGGGCCGAAAAAGAGGCCGCAGAACGGGCCGCGGUAGAACAAGCUGCUGAGGAGGCGCGCCGCGCCAAGGACGAGGCCCGUCGCGAGCGACGCAAGAGACAGGUGGAUGACGACGAGACCCGUCGACAGGAAGAGAAGGAGGCCCGUCGCGCCGAGAGACGGGCGCAGCGCGCGCGGGAAGAUGCCGAGCGCCACGCUGCCGAGCUGAAAGAAGCCGAGCGCGCUGAGCGCAGACGGCGGCGCGCCGAGAUGGACGCAGCCGAAGUGGAAGCUGACGCCCGCCGUGCCGCCAAACACCACGAACGUCGCCGCAGCUACCAACCCGAGGAAUCCGGCUACGAGGACGACGAAGAGCGCCGCCGUCGCCGGGAAGCCCGGCGCGCGGCAAAGGAAGGAAGGGAGCGAGAGGAACGGCAGCCCCGACGCAGGUCCGAGGCAGUCGACAAUCACGUCUACCCCAGAGCAUCCCGCGAGAAUACCGGUGGUACCUGGCCGCACUCGGGCACAUCGUCCUGGGUCAAAGAGCACUCCGACGCCCCACCACCCCCAGAUAUCAACGAAGGCGCAGCGCCGCCCCCGCCACCCGAGGUCGAGAUCCUCGACGACGACGAAGAGGCCCGCCGGGAAGCCCGCAGAGCAAGACGCCAAGCCAAGUACGCCGAGGCAGCGGGUAUGACGCAGGAGGAGUAUGACGAAGACAGACGACGGAGGAAACGGCGCGAGGAGAGGGAGCGAGACAAGUACCGUGACAGGGAAAGGGGUGGUGGUGACGGGUAUAGGGAGAGGGAAAGGGAGAGGGAUAGGGAGCGGCGUCCUGGUUCGGAUGGGAGUGAUGGUCGGCGGGACAGCCAACGGAACUCUACCAUGUUUAUGGACACCACCCCGAGGAGUUCGUGGUGGAAGAGGCUGACGGGAGCCGGAUGAGUGAUGACGACGAUGGGUUUCACGGUUUGAUGAGUGAUGUUUCGGAUAAUGUUGGGUGGUUGAGUGCCGAAAGUUCUUUAUGUCCUGGUCAGUUAUAUGUCGAGGGGGGACGGUUGCAUAUAGUCUGGAUGAAGGAGCAUCGGUCGGUUGUGCUUUUUAGCUUGAUAUCCCCUGCAUCACGGCGGCGCUGGGUCGGGCGCUAUGGUUGCCUGCUGGGAUUUCUGGUCGACCUUGCCUGCCUUAUCCGCUUUGGGGUUACCCCAUAUUACUCUCUUAUUUCUUUGGCGUCAUUGGUUUCUAUUCAGUUAGUAAAGAAUGGCUUUUUCGUUGUUCAAGUCCGCAGUAUUACUUCAUUAUUGAUGGACCGUCUUUGCGAGCUGGCUCCUUGGUCGUAUUGUAUCUCACCGGAAUACAAAGAUGGGCAUGUGU